AUGGACUUCGAGGACGCUAAUGGUGGUUUCGGCGACAAGAAGCCACGACCCCUACCCGAUGACUUGCCCAAGUCCCUCGACGACCGCAGUCGUCGUCCCGUUGAGCUGGUUCCUGAGACGGAAAUGUACGAUGGCUGGCAAGGUCAAUCACAAUUUCUGACGACGCCCGUCCUGGCAAAGCCGCUCAACUUUGGCGACCUAAGCCUAGACGACCGCACCUACGAUGAAGAUAUCACGACAGGUCCCAAAAACAGUGACGCUCGCCUCAUGGAGAUGAUUGCCGCCCAAGCCGCUCAUCGGGUCGACCCGGGCUUUGGCGACGAGGAGACGAUACUGACAGAUGAGAAGCUCUCCGAGAACGAGAAGAAAGAUCUGCUCCAAAGGGCGUUGAAUAUGGCUGCUAGCAAUGGCGAUGUUGAGAGAGUCGGUAACAUUGUCGGUGGCAAGGCCAAAGCCUACGUCGAUAUCAAUGCGCCGGACGAAGACGGAACACCGCCCCUGAUCUACGCGAGUUGCUUUGGCCACGAGGGCGUGGUGCAGGCCCUCAUCGAUGCCGGCGCAGACCUUGACAAGCAGGACCGGAAUCAGUGGAGCGCUCUUAUGUGGGCGAUGACGAAUAGACAUAAGAGCAUCGCCAAGGCCCUUCUCGACAAUGGUGCCUCAGCUGAGCAGAAGACCUCGUCCGGACGCACCGCCUUCGACUUUGUGCCGCCAGACAGUGACAUGUCCUUCUAUCUACACGACAGUGGUUACAACAUCGGCAAUGCAGGGACAGACGACUUCUACAACCCCGGGUUCUCGCAGGAUCGGUUCGAAGAGGAGAUGGCUGAAAACGAACUGCGAAGACGAAUGAUGAUGGACAGCGCCAGAGACCUCGAGGUUGAUUUAGGCAACGUCGGCAUGGAUGACCAGCCAGAGAACCCCGACGAACUCGAGGAAGAGCAGCCCGAGUUUGACUGGUCCCGGUGCCUUCACGACCAAAUGUUUGUUUUUCAGGAGCACGAACUCGACCGCAUUCUCGACAUCAUCAUCACCAACAUGACUCCCCAACGAUCGCCGGCACAGAAGCCUGUUCCUGCGAACAUGAUAUUCCUCAGCGCACGAUACGCGCACUACCACUCGAGCCCCGAUCUGCUGGCCAAGCUGAUGAUAUCCGCCAUGGACAAGAUCAACGACGUUGUAGAGCAAUACCAGUGGGACAUGACGAUCCUAGCUUUUUGGAUAUCAAACGCUACCCUGCUGCUGCACUACCUAAAGAAGGACGCCGGGCUUGUAGAGGCCACGGUUGAAUUUCAGGCUCAGCUAUCUGAGCUCGUCAAUGAGAUAUUUAUUCUCAUCGUCCGGGACGCCGAGAGACGUCUGGACAAGGUGCUCGACGCAGCGAUGCUAGACCACGAAACGAUCCCGGGGUUUGAAGACAUCGCAUUCCAGAACGAAUGGAGGAUAUUCAAGCGCAAAGCGCAGGUCAAAGAAGAACCCUUGGAGAAGCGCUUUCGGCCCCCGUCCCCGAAGCAACGGGCGAAGCCUGCGCCGCGCAACGUCACCUCCCUACUGUCGUCUACCUUGUUCGUUCUUGACCUUUAUGAUAUACAUUCAGUUAUCACGGCGCAAAUCAUAUCCCAACUGCUCUACUGGCUCGGCGCGGAGCUCUUCAACCGGAUCAUGUCCAACCGCAAGUAUCUUGCAAGGACAAAAGCGAUGCAGAUUCGUAUGAACGUCUCGACUUUGGAGGACUGGGCCCGGACCAACAACCGCCAACCGGAGCAUUACGAAGGGGGAGAGACAAAGUCGACAGGCGAGACGACGGUGGACGCAGCGAGGCGGCACCUGGCGCCCGUCAUCCAGCUGUUGCAGUGGCUUCAGUGCUUCUCGUCACUCGGCGCUGACGAUCUUGAGGCCCUUGUCGGCACCCUGCAGCAACUGAAGAGGUUGAGCCCGCAGCAGCUUAUUCACGCAGCGUCGCAUUAUAGGCCGGAGGUCGGCGAAAGGGGGCUGCCUAAGAGCGCGCUCAAGUAUCUGAACGCGAUCCAGGCGGAACACGUGCGUAGGAAAGAAGACCGCAAGAGCAGUGCGCCGUCGACGCCAGUGAAGGGAAAGCCCGCCAAUGGGGCCAUUACGGGCACGCCAGGGAGCCAGGCGGCGAUACAGAGCGACGAGGAGGAGGACGAUGAUGCGCCAGAGAAUCUUCUCCUGGAUCCUGCACUGAUGCUCCCCUUCACCCUGCCAUCUGUCACAGAUAUGCUUGUCUCGUACGGGGCUGGCUUCGGAGGUGUUAACAGGGAGAGAGCGCGCAAAUACAUCCCCACGGUGCCGCCCGAGUUUCUAUCAAAGCUUGAGGCCAGCGGCGCACGCAAGGGGCCCAUGUUUAGCGAGAAAGACUGGGAGAACGAAGAGGUCUAA